AAGGAACACGUGAUUCGCGCUUACUGGAGGCAAGAUGGCGGUGGUGGUGCGGAGCUUGCAGGACCAGCUCGAAAAGGCAAAAGAAGGCUUGAAAAAUGUGGACGAUAACAUUCGCAAACUAACGGGACGCGAUCCUAAUGAAUCAAGGCCGGGUCAAAUCCGUCGACUUGGCGGCCCCACGGCAGGCAUUGGAGGAGGUAGAGGCAGAGGAAUCAACCUGCUCAGGCGCAGUCUCUCGGAGAUAGGAAGCGGCGGCCCCCCUGUCAAGAAGAGGGACAUCGAUGGAGCCCUGCUGAGGCUGGCAGGGGACCAGAGGGCCAGGAGAGAUGCGCGUCACGACAGCGACGCCGAGGAUGACGAUGAUGUCAAAAAGCCGGCGUUGCAGUCGUCUGUAGUAGCUACCUCCAAGGAGCGAACACGCCGAGACCUCAUUCAGGAUCAGACCAUGGAUGAGAAGGGCAAACAGAGGAAUCGGCGUAUGUUCGGCCUGCUGAUGGGGACACUACAAAAGUUCAAACAGGAGUCCAACGUCUCUACAGACAAGCAAAAGCGGCGUUCAGAGAUCGAGCAGAAGCUUGAAGUUCAGGCGGAGGCAGAGCGAAAGAAGGUAGAGAGUGAAAAGAAGGAGCUGUUUGAGGAGAGGAGAGCCAAACAGACUGAGCUGAGGCUACUGGAACAGAAGGUGGAAUUAGCCCAGCUGCAAGAGGAGUGGACCAGCCACAAUAAUCGUUUGGUGAAAUACAUCCGCACCAAGACAAAGCCUCACAUUUUCUACUUGCCUGGAAAAAUGUGCUCUGCUACACAGAAACUCCAUGAUGACUCCAACAAGAAACUGAACGCUGUGUUUGAGGAGAGGCGUGAGGCUUUUGCCGAACACCUCAGUAAAAUGGAGUCCCGCCCCCGGAGGCAGCCAAACCGCGACCAGGACGGCAACACAGCAGCAACAGGAACGGACCACCCAGAGGAGGGUAAGCCAGCAGGUCAGAUAGUCAAGGUGACAGGUAACAGGAUAGAUGUAGAGAUGGAGGAAGAGGAGGAGGAUGAGGACGAGGAGGAGGAAAAGAUAAAGGAGGAGGAGGAGAGACGGGUGGUAGAGAAGAAGGAGGGAGAGGAGAUGGAAGGUUUGAAGAAGGCAGGUGAGGAGGGGGAGAGAAUGGAGUUGAGUGAGGAGGGUAGUGGGGAAAAGGAGGAGGUAGUUGAGGACAGUGGGGAGCAGAGGGAAAAGGCGGAGAAGGAGGCAAGUCCAGGUUCAGAAGAGAUGGAGGUUGAGGGGGAGCAGGGGGAUAAGAGAGUGGAAGACGUGGGAGAAACAGAUGUUAAACAGCAGUCCGCAGACCUCCAAAAUGAAAAGACCCAAGACAACCAGGCCUCUGAAGCAGCCGUAACCAGCCAAGAGGCACCAGACACCAGUGAGCCACCCCAACCCAGUCCCACUGCAGGGGAACCAGCACCACAGUCCGUAAAAUCCCCAGAGAUCCAAGGGUCUUCUCCCACACCAGAACCCCAACCUGCCUCUACCGAGUCAGCACAAGAUCCCGUCAUUCCUGGCUUAGAGGUUCACAACUCUGCAGCAGAGAACCAGCCUGCAGAAGAGAAAUCAGAGCCAGAAGCCCCACAAAAACUGGCAGUUACUCAGGAGGCGCGCAGCACCACAGCUGCUCCCUCUAAGGAGGAGGGUGAUCGUGGGAGAGGGAAGAAAAAGGCAAAGCAUUCAAGGAAGAGCAGCAGUCGCAGUAACAGCUCCUCUUCUUCUUCCUCUGGCUCAUCCUCGAGCGGGAGCUCGUCUUCUUCGUCUGGAUCGAGCCGCUCUUCUUCAUCCUCUUCGUCCUCGUCAUCUUCGUCAUCGAACAGCAGCAGCCGAAGUCGUGGCCAUGACGCCAGUAAGCGCAAGAGGAAGCCGUCGGACAGGGACAGGAAGAAAGGAGAAGACAGAAGUCAUCGUAAGAGAGGAGGGAGUGGUGGAGGAGGAAGGGACUCGAAGGGAUCGAAAGAGAGGAGGAAGAGAAGUGAGGAAGGAAGGGGAAGGUCAUCCCGGAGCGACAGGGAGCAUAAAGAUAGAGACAGGAAAGACAAGAGACGCUAAUGUUGUUGUCAUUCAGCUUCUGUUUAUUUGGUAAAAAAAAAAAACCCUUCCAGCCAUUCACUCAAUGACAGCAGUUUUAACUGUUUGUAAAAUGCUGCAGUUUUCACAUAAGGCCCUUGGAAGUUGUAAUUCAGGAGGAUUUGUGUAGCUUUAAAGGUCAUGUUGAAAUUGAAACCCUUUAUGACUUGCUAUUUUUCAUUACAACUUUUUACUUUUUGAAGUGUAAACUAGACUUUCUAGUCACUGUGGUGCACCUGGCCAUUUCUAGUUGGGCUCCUGACUGAACAGGUCUGAGGUAGGAGAAGCAUAUUGUACACUUUUUUUGUCAUUUUAAAAUCAACUGAUCUGACAUUUGGAUUUUAAGGAGGUCUGUGGGACGAGACUAUGAAAAGAUAGUGUUGAAUGUUUUGUUGUUUUUAAUCCUUAUCACAAUGCUACUGGUAGAAACAUUGGCGGUUAUGGUAGCAGUGAGCAGUAGUUGUUUUCAAAUUGAUGUGACAACACUGAAAAUGGAAAAUGUUUGAUGUCAAGGCCUUUCAUCACAUGUCUCUGUGAUAUGCUUAAAUAGUUUUUUGAAACGUUCUCAGUUUUUUUUGUAUUGACUGAUCCACAUUAAAAUAAAGGUGAGGUAU